UCCGAUGGUGUCAUCAGUUCUGUCUCUGCGAGCUGAGAAAGGGCAGUGUACCUCAGCAAGGCCUACCUAAUUACUUCAACAUCUUUGUGUACAGUAAAAGUCUCUUGCAUUGGUUCAGCUUCCAACUUUCCACCAUCAUUGCAGACAACUAAUAAGAAACUAUUCUCCCUCCCCCCAACCCUCUUUCAUUAUUAUGUCCCGUGCAUCCUUAUUAAGUUUCACUGUUCUGAAAGGGGAAAAAAAAAUCAUCCCUGAAAUCUCUAUUAGCAUCCUAUUUUCCCUUGAGAUUCUGUUGACACGACCAAUAAUCUAUUGAGAAUAUCCUCUCCUCUGGUCCAUAAUCUUCUGCAAAUGGUGUUGUGAUUCCCUCAAAGCUACAUUCUUUUACUCUUUUCUUUGAAACACCUGCUCCAUUCUCUGGUUUCCUUUGUGAGAGCAAUCAUGGCUGUUUCCUUUCCCAUCCCAUCGACCUGAUAUCAUUAAUCAUGAUCCUUCAUACCUUCGUAUCUUCAUAAAGGACACCGCUCUUCUUCCUUUAUCGUGUUUCUAAUAUCCUCUACUAAUAACUAGUCGAUGCUCUUAUGGGUUUUUGCUGAUAGUUGAACCACUUAAUUUAUUAUUAGCCUCUUAUGUUGUCUUCAUGUGCGUGAUUUAGUGGUUUUCUAUAUUUAUGGCAUGUGGUUAUUUCGUUUCCCUUUAUACUCAAUUGGUUCGGUUGCCCACUGUCAUAAUUUCCCAGUAAGCCUUCUUCUGCUGUGCUAGUUCUAUCCUCAUACUGGUCCUGCAUCUUCUGUAAGGUCGUUUUCAAUCUUUAACUUACAGAACUACCAUCUCGAAUUGCAGAAUUCGAUGGCAAAUGAUCUGCCUUUGUGUCAGAUUUAGCUGAUUUGGGCUGUUCUGUUCAUCUCAAACGUACCAUCAAUCUAUCUUCCUUCAAUUCUUGUUGGUCUUUCUGAAUACAAAAGUAUUCAGUAUUUCAAUCUUCGCAAUGCCUCCUACAUAUUUCCCUCUUCGGUGGGAGAGCACCGGUGACCAAUGGUGGUAUGCUUCGCCGAUCGACUGGGCUGCUGCUAAUGGACACUAUGACUUAGUUCGCGAGCUGCUUCGUAUUGAUAGCAACCACCUUUUCAAGCUGACCUCCCUCCGCCGUAUUCGGCGCCUGGAAACGGUGUGGGAUGACGAAGAACAGUUCAAUGAUGUUGCCAAGUUCCGCUCUCAGGUGGCCCAGAAGCUGCUUCAGGAGUGUGAAUCCAAGAAAAGCAAGAACUCUCUCAUUCGUGCAGGCUAUGGUGGAUGGCUGAUGUACACUGCUGCCUCCGCCGGAGACUUGGGUUUUGUUCAAGAGCUUCUCGAGAGGAACCCACUUCUGGUUUUUGGGGAAGGAGAGUAUGGGAUCACUGAUAUCCUAUAUGCUGCAGCGAGGAGCAAGAACUGUGAUGUUUUCAGGCUGCUCUUUGAUUUUGCGGUUUCGCCCAGGUUUCUCACUGGAAAAGAUGGUGUUUGGGUGGAGCAUAUUGGGGACAUUCCUUCUGUUUAUAGGUUGGAGAUGACCAAUCGGGCUGUUCAUGCAGCCGCAAGAGGAGGUAAUGUCAAGAUUCUGGCGGAGCUUCUUGCCAAUUGUUCUGAUGUUUUGGCCUAUAGAGACGCUCAGGGCUCUACUAUCUUGCAUGCAGCUGCAGGUAGAGGACAGGUUGAGGUGAUCAAAUACUUAACAUUAACAUUUGACAUUAUCAACUCCACAGACCAUCAGGGCAACACAGCUCUGCAUGUGGCUGCUUAUAGAGGUCAAUUAGCUGCAGUUGAAGCUCUAAUCUCUGCAUAUCCCACCUUGAUUUCUCAGACGAACAACGUAGGAGAAACCUUUCUCCACAAGGCUGUGUCUGGUUUCCAGACUCCGGCGUUCCGGAGAUUGGACCGACAGGUAGCACUUCUGAAGCAGUUACUUAGUGGGAAGAAUUUCCACACACAGGAAAUCAUCAAUGUGAAGAACAAUGACGGAAGAACAGCUCUUCAUAUGGCUAUCAUAGGAAACAUCCACACCGAUCUUGUUCAACUCUUGAUGACAGCUCCUUCAAUCAACUUGAAUGCCUGUGACGUGGAUGGCAUGACCCCACUAGAUUAUCUCAGGCAACGCCCCAAUUCAGCAUCGUCUGAUAUACUCAUCAGAAAGCUGAUCUCGGCUGGGGGAAUGUUUGGUUGCAGAGAUCAUGAUUCAAGAAAAGCCAUAGCUUCCCACUUGAAGCAGCAAGGUGGAAGCAGUCCUGGGACGUCCUUUAGAAUCUCAGACACGGAGAUAUUUCUGUGCACGGGUAUUGAGAAUACUGUUUCACAUGCCUUUGCUGAUCAGGGAAAUUCAGGAAUGAGUCCAUCUUUAUCAGAACACAAUCCAUAUAAUUCCAACGCCGAGAACCACUGUAGUUCAGCCACCAGCAAGAGGCCUAGUUCUGUCACGGCAGCAAGACUGAAAAGAGUACUUCAUUGGCCUCGCGGGAAGGAGAAGAAAGUUGAGAGAUUCAAUGGAGAAACUCCAACCCCUCUCAGGGAGAGAUUUUCUAGGCCAUCCUCGCUUCCAAACAACAAAAGAACACUGUCUGUGAGGAGUCAGCAGUCAAGUCCAAAUGCAAAGAAGAAGUUUGCUUCAGGGUUAGUGCAUGGAGUGAUGCAGUCUGUGCCACAAGUGAAGGUUUCAGGCAGGUCUCGCUCCAGUUCAUUCUCAAAAUCAUCAAUCUCGUCGCCCAGAUCAUGGGACAAGCAAAAGGGUGUCUAUAUUGAGAAUGACAUAGCAGGACCAUCCUGCUCGAAUCAAACACCUGAAGAAGAUGAAUCGCCACGCAUGGUGAAGCGUGCCUCUGUGAGUCAGAGGUUGAGAGGGCAUUACUUCUGUUUUGGUGCAGCAGGACUUAGUGUGAAAAACCCAGGAAGUAGCAGCAAGCAGCAGGAGAGCCAGGACUUCAAGAAUUAUGUUAUUUCGGUGGCAUAAUAGGUUGAGAAAUGAGAUUAUAGCUAAUUCCUGACAAGUGUGAGAGAGGGCACAAGGGAUAAAAGCUGCUUGUUUAAUGUAUAAUUCUAUGUUGAAAUAAAGAGCAGCUGGUUCCUUAGAUGUAAUGUAAGUCUUUUUAUAGAUUAUACUUCGUUGGUGUAUGACUAGGUCAUGUACGAGACUUCGCUUGUUAAUGAUAAGUAUGUUGUGUUAAA